GCAGGCCAGGAAGUAAGAGCGAUGCUGAGUGGCUUGAGGAAAACAUGGGUCCAUUUUCACAGUAUGCAACAUACACUGACCUUAAAGCGUUGAACCUCUCUGCGGUGAAUGUCGUAGACUCUCUUUCUUCAACACAAAAAGCUGAACUGCUUCUUGAACCAAACAUCUUAUCAAAUGAAAUCCUUGUGAGAGAUGUUUUCACAACGCUUACUGUGUCCUCACCUGUGGAAGACCUUGGCACUUUCUUUGGUAAAUUUGUUAGUGGGGCUGCAGAGCAAAACUUGACAACUAUUGAGCCAAGAGUGCGUGACACCAUCCUGAAUCUCACACUAUUAUCAAUUGGCCCAAAACUAUCCAUGUUCGAUGCUCAGGGAUUCAAGUUAUGGUUCCAGAUCUACCUACCCCUGUUCCUCCCAAGCAUUGACUCAAGCAUGCUUGAAAUUAUUCCUCAAAAUAUCAGCUGUGACUCCUAUCAGGAGAUUGUCAAGGGAUGCAACAAUGUUUUCAGUUUCUUCACAGUGAGGCAGACUCGGCAUGUUUUCAAAUUUACAAAGGAUUAUCUGAGAGGACAUACAUCCUCAGGUCUCUCCUGUGUUAAGUCUGUGAAUGAUGACAGACAGUGGCUUGAAGACAACUUUGGCAGGUUCCUUGUGCAUGCCACCUUCAUGGAUUUUGUGACGUUGAAGAACAAUUUCAGAGGAGUGGACGUUGCAGAUCUUCUCACUUUCAGUCAGCUGGCCCAACUUGCAGAAGUUCCAUCACAGCUUGAGACGAAGGAGGACGUGACAAAGGUCAUGACAGUCAUCAACCCUGCUUACUUUGGUGCUUUCUUUGACAAAGUCUCACCUGCCAUUGAGAUCCACCCAGCCAACUACACAGAAGAGGUGAAAUCUGCCUUCCUUGAGGCAGUGUUUGACAGAGGGAACCUGACCUCUCCAGCUAUAAAUGACACAGAAUUCCUGCUGUGGCUCAAAGUUCGACUAAGCCCUCUCCUAGUUGACCUCUCUCCCAGGUUGGUGACACCUUUGUUUGACAUCGGGAAGAACAGGAGUUGUAACAGCAGCCAAGAGAUGAUCACAUUAUUGGACACACUACAUGUGACACUAAGGAACAACACUCAAAAGGAGAUCUUGAGAAACACAAUCCUUUACCUCCAAGGUCCAAUGCCACUCAAGUGUUACAGUGGUGGGAGCUUUUACAUCUUCCUGAGGAACACUUUCCUCAGCUUUGGCUUCCCAGAUCUGUCCACAUUCACAUCUCUUCUGCCACCGACACGGGAAUCAGAGAUUCUAGACACCAUCAGUACCUCAGAGCUGAGUCUGUUCCUCAGUGAACCCCAUGUGAUUGACAACAACUCUGACAUCUGUGUCGUUUAUAACAAGUACAACAACACUCCUGCCUUCCUGGAGAAUGAGGACGUUCCAGACGAUGUGAAGAAAGUGACCCUCCCCUGUGUGUGGCCUUCAGCCCUGAGCAGCAACAGCAAAUCAGAGGCUAAUGCCUGGUUUGACCUCAGGUUGAAGAACUAUCUGAAAUUCCUCAGCAAGAGUCUCAUCAAUAUCACCAUAGUACAGAAUGCUUCGUGUUUUGCUUUCCAGAGACUAGUCUCUGUGAUGGGAACCAACUUCCCAUACAACACCUCUGACUUUGGACAGAGUGAUGUAUACACCACCAUCAGAAACUACUUGAGCUCUGGUUCUGUAGGUUCUGAAGCCACAUGCUACAAUGCCAGUGAUCCAGAACUGAACUCUACCGCCUGGUUUGUCAAUUACAUCGGCAGUUUUGUGACAUUCAUCACUGUGGAUGACUUUACCACCUUCACCUCUGCCAGUGGAGUUGAACUGUUCUUCACGAACCCAGCUAACCUGAAGCUCUUCAACAACACAGCCAUCCCAGCAACUGUCACUGACAGUUACAUCUCUCAGUUGUUUGAAUUCAACCCAUCCUACAACCUAAUGAAGCUUCCAGGCUUUUUCCUGUGCUCUUCUGAUGUCCCAGGCGUGGCUUAUACUUCUGUGAAUGAGGCUGACACCUUACGCAUCUUGGACGAUCUGAGGACACUCUGCAAUGGAAGUGAAAACCCUGAGAGGUCCGCUGCUCUGGCAUCCAACAUCCAGACCUUCACAUCAGAGACAUUUGCAACUUUUGGCAGUGCCAGUGCCGGCCUCAAUAUCAAGCAGAUCACCUCUAUUAACCCAUCAGUGCUGCUUGUCUCUUUAUCAACACUGAACAUUAUCAGCACCUGGAACCAGGAGCAGGCCACAACUAUCAUCCAAAGACUGACUGAAUCAGGCUUCCAGAUCAACACGGGAUCCUCCCUGCAAUCUCUUGGUACACUUGUCGUGGGAGUUCCAUCCACGUCAAUAAAAUCAAUACCAGCGUCUGAGCUCCUCCAGAUCUCUGGGAACAGCAUGUUUGUUUCCAGCAUGCUAACAGCCCCAACAGUUGUCCAACAGGCCUUUGUCCAAAAGAUCGUGUCUGUGGACUCAAGUCCAGCAAAAGUGGUGCAGAAUGUUCCUGAUGCCAUGGCAACUGAGAUCCCACCAUCUCUGCUGGUGUUUUCUGAGGAGUCUGUGAACAUCACUGUGGUCAACAAAAAGAAGUGGAAGCCAGAUCAGGCUGCCAUGUUCUUUGACAGCGUGGGUACAUCAGACUUUGACACUGAGCAGCUUUCUCCCUCUGUGCUGCAAGGGUUCUCAUGCACAACAGUACGGAAAAUUAAAAAAACCAGAGUCCACAGGCUCAUCCGUUCCUGCAGACCAAGGAGACGCAGAACAAAGGUGGAGCUGAAGGAAUCACAGCUGACUUGCAUGUACAACUUGCUUAAUGGAAACAUAUCCCAGAACUUUGCAGAUUAUCCUUCGGACAUGCUUCUGUACUUCUCUGAAGAAGAUGUCCAGAACAGCAACUGCAGGUCAUACUUUUCUGCAGUAGGUGCUGCAGACUUUACUGUGGCGUCCAGCGUUUUGAGGAAAAACUCAAAGCUGUUCAGACGAGCCAGGAGAUGCUUGGGCAUAAAUAGCUUCACACUGAGAAAAGAGGAUGUGGUGGUCAUGGGGAAAAUGGCCUGCACUCUGAACAACUCUUACAUCGAGAACUCUGAUCCUGAAAUCCUGGAAAAUCUCAAAACCUGCAAAGACCUUAAUGACGAUCAAGUGGCUGCCAUGGAGGCACUGCUGCUGUCUGGGAAAACACAAUAUGGGGAUGUCUCCGUCUGGAACAAGCAAACACUGGAGAAACUGGGGAGCCUCCCUCUGUAUUUCACAGGAACGAUAUGGGGACGUAUCGAACGUAGAACAAAGAAAAGAUUCCUCAGGAAAUUUAUGCCCAAACUGAGGGGAGAAAAAUGUAAGAAGAAUAAGCUCAAGAGCCUGUUCACACAUGUCAGUGCCCGCAGGGUCAAACGAGGAGCAGGUUGCACCGAGGGCAACAUCACCCAAGUCAUAGUCAACGACCCGUCCUUCCCCUUCGGCUAUGACCAGACACAAUUUGACCUCUGCCUGGACGUCCCUGUUCUGAAGGACAAUCUUAACUCUAUUUGUGAGAAAGUGGAUGAUGACGAUUUCCAGACAACCAUUUUGAGAAAACUCAAUGAGGCAUACCCAUCUGGUGUCUCUGAUAAUGAAGUCCAAGUUCUCGGCUCAGUGUCCCGUGUGGCAACACUCCAGGACAUUUCCAAGUGGAACAUCACCACAAUCGACACCCUAGCAGCGCUCAUGAAACCUGAGGAUGGAACAUGGGAGGCAGCAAAGAGCAAAGAAAUCAUCAUGAGAUAUCUGAAUACGUCUGGGAACACUCUGGGCAGUGCUGAGCUCAACAUUAUUGACUCCAACCUGUGCUCACUGGACAUCAGCACUCUGGAGACCAUCACCCCGGGGAGUAUCAGAAAUGCCAACACCUUAAAUCUGGAAUCAUGCUCGACUGAGCAGGCCAAAGUCCUGUAUGAGAUCAGCAACAGUUCCUUCAGCUCACAGCAUGGCAAUCCAACCUCUUAUUACAAUUUGAUUAAGAACUAUUUGGGUGGAGCGCCUCAGUCAGCUGUAAAUGCACUGUCAACGCAGAACCUCAGCAUGGAUAUAGAUGUCUUCCGGCACCUGGAUCUCAACGUGAUCACUAAUUUGACUGUGCCCACUGUCCAAGGCCUCCUGGGUGCACACACAAGUGAUCUGAAGUUGUUUGAGGACGACCGUGUGGUUCAGGCAUGGUUGAACAGCCGGUCGCAGUCAGAACUGGACCUGCUUGGUCUGAACCUAACGACCAACAGAACCACUGCAGCCACUACCCCACCCAACAUAAACACAUCAGUAACAACUACCGCGUCAAAUGGUGCUGUGACAGCAACACAGGGAAACGCAGUCAACUCCAACACAACUACAACCACAAAUGGAACAACACAAGCCACUAGUGACGGAAACCUGGCAAAUAAUCCAACCUCCAUCUUCUUAGCUGCUGUGCUGACAACUGUGCAGCAAAUACUUCCUUAACACUUCCUUAAAUACUUCCUUAACUACUAACUUAAGUACAUUUGAAUGUUUAGUAAAUGAAUGAUUUUUUUUUUCCACUGCUGAAUGGGAUUCAUUUAAAUUAAUGCUAUUUAUUUGUAUCAAAGACAAAUAGUUUAAUUGCCACAGCUUCGUUAGUUUGUAUAAUCCAUAUUAGAAAAUAAGAAUGGGGAUCUAAAGAAUAUACUUUCCUUGUAAUCUGUAAUUUUACUCAACAUCCUGGGAACUUCAUUGCUGGCCAUGUUUAAAGACGUUUAAUAUCUGUAAUAAAUUCAAAUCAUCAAUAAAUGCUUAAUAAUAAACUA